CUUGAGCAUCCUAUCGUACUUUGGCAGCCCCGAUGACUCGCUGAAUUGCUUUACCUCUUUAACGCAGACAGAGUAUCGUGGAACAUGACGGUUAUGAUCGCGACUCACAUUAGUCGUGGUAUCUCAUGGCUAAGCUCUACCGGAUCCUAGAAUCUCUUGCAUCUGACCUCAUGGUUUAUGUACAUGUUACAUACAUCGUGCAUGCAUUGAACUUUCCUAAUUAACACCGAAAGUUUCUCAGGUUAUGACGAUCCUGACUGCGAGGUGACCACCAGGUGCGUACUUUUGGGGCUAGCAUCGAGAAAUUCCCCGAGUGCAUACCAGCCGAGCAUGGGGACCACUCUGGAAUGGAAGUCAGGUGUCCUUGGUUGCUUAUCAAGCCAGUUUACUCAUGUUCCUUGUGGUUUGCAGGGAUUCGCAGUGCCUCGUCACUGGCACUACUUUCACAUCUGGUGGUUUUGAUGGGAGGAUGCGCUGAGCGUCUCAAGUACAUAACCUUCGUAUUCCACCACCCGACUGGGACUAGAUGCUAUCUAGUUCCCGUGGAUUAUGAUUUUAUCCUCGAUAGCGACAUGAACUGUCAGAUACGGUACGAACCUGAUUGUGAGCUGUGAUACAUGAAGUCUGCGUGGAUGCUGGUUUUUUUUCCAUUACAACUCGCAAUCAGGUUUGGAUUUGUACUGUGCCUUGGUCUGAAAAGUGGCGAAAUGCCAUCCCGAGAAUCUGUCAGAACUUUGCUAGGGCACGACGACGUG